AUGCUCUGCCUGCAGAUAACCGAGCAUUCGAAACUAUCGAUUGGUCAGACUACCGUAAACGGAGUGAUUCAGCUGUAUGUCUUUUUAGUUUUCUCAAUUAGUAUUCCCAUCGAGAAACACAUUCUGGCAACGUUCUCAAAGUUGCAACUUGAAUCUUCUAAAACGCAUGAAAGCCUGGUAAAUAUGCUUCAUCCACUCCGAAAAAUGCCCAACCAAAAAUGGAUUGAUCUCGGUUGGAGCUGGGGAGGCAAGUAG